AGUGUACGAAUAGAAACGCAGGUAAGAUUGAAUAAACAAAAAUAUUUAAAUCCGCAUCUCAACUCAUUAAAUUGAAUGGGAGUGGGAAAAACGUCGACCCUGUACGCUUAUAUACAAUAUAUUGUUAUAAACUAACCAUUUUCUAUAAAACUGUCGCGCUCUCGCCAUCUACCAGGACAGGAUUCAAAUAUAAAAAUAAAUAUGUGUGUAAGAUUAGCAAAAUAUCUAUCGACAAAUAAAAAAAUUCUAUAAAUAAAUUCCAUACAAAUUUCAUUAGACGGGAAUCGUGAUAUUUUUAGUACGAAUUGUCCAAAGUUUUUUAGUAGAACUAAUACAGUGAUUUUUGUGUGUAGAUAAACUAUUUUAGAAGUGUAACGAUUUUAUAUGGAUAUAAAGGAUGAGUUUUUAUCAAAAGAAUGAAUUCCUAGGAGACGGCAGGACUGAAAGUUAUAGCAGUUUCGCAGGAGCAAUUAGCUCUCGAGAGCAGCUAACGCAUAAAGACAAAGAUAAUGGUAUAAAUCCUGUAGAAUUAAAAGACUUCCAGAAGUCCAUAGAAGCCGGCGAAUAUGACCCUUACAUCUAUAGAGAAGUAAAGCAUCCCACAACGAAUAUGGAAACUUUGUUUCACCUUCUUAAAGGAAGUUUGGGAACUGGCAUCCUUGCCAUGCCCUUAGCAUUUUACCAUUCAGGAUAUCUCUUAGGAAUCAUAGCUACAGCUCUUAUAGGACUUUUAUGUACGCAUUGUAUACACAUAUUGAUUAAAUGCGAAUAUGAACUAUGUAAAAGGAAGAAAGUACCUGUGAUGACUUAUCCAGCUACAGCUGAAGCAGCUCUUCAAGAGGGACCUGAGUUUUUUCAGAAAUUUUCUUCAAUAGCUCCGCAUAUGGUAAACAUAUUUCUACUGAUUUAUCAACUAGGUACAGGCACUGUAUACACGGUAUUUAUUGGUGAGAACAUAAAAGAAGUAUUAUUAUCCCAUGGUGUUUCGAUUGACUCACGGUGGGUGAUGUUUGCCGCUCUAAUGCCUCUAAUACUUUUAAAUUAUGUCAGAAAUUUGAAAUAUUUGGCUCCAUUAUCCACUACUGCUAACUUUGUGACAAUUGCAAGUUUUGGAAUUAUUGGUUACUACAUGUUUUCUCGAGAGUUUUCGUUUGAGGGAAAGGAAGCAUUUGGAGAAAUGAAAAAUUAUCCCUUGUAUUUCGGAACAGUUUUAUUUGCUUUAGAAGCAAUUGGUGUGAUAAUGCCGUUGGAAAACGAAAUGAAAACCCCACAAUACUUUGGAAGUACACUGGGAGUUUUGAAUAUUGGUAUGGCAGUCAUAGUAUUGUUAUAUACCAGUAUGGGAUUUUUUGGAUAUAUUGCUUAUGGGGACAAAGUCGGUGGAUCGAUUUCGUAUACAAUUGGAAAUGAAUUACCAGCUCAAAUUUGCAAAAUAAUGUUGUCAUUUGCAAUAUAUAUAACACAUGGUCUUCAAAUGUAUCCUGCUAUCGAUACAGUCUGGAAUCAAUAUUUAAAGACUUGGAUAGGCAAAAGUGAUCUUCUGUUAUUUUGGGAAUAUCUCACGAGAACUCUGAUGGUACUUUUUUGUUUUGGAUUGGCUAUAGCAGUUCCAUACAUCGAGCUGUUCAUAUCCCUAUUUGGUGCUUUAACACUUUCUGCUUUAGGAUUGGCUAUACCAGCAAUUCUAGAUCUCAGUACAUAUUGGGAUGAUUUUCAAGGAAUUAGAGGGAUUUUAAUAAUUAGUAAAAACUGCUUAAUCAUAUUAAUAGGUGUAUUUGGGCUUGUCAUCGGGACUACUACAAGUCUUGGCGAAAUCUACAAGAAAUUUGCGCCAACGUGACAUUUAUGUGAUAUAGUAUUGUUUGUAAAUAUUUUUUCGAUAAUGUGAAUAGUUUUUUUUUUAAUUUAUAAUAACAAUGUACAAAAUAUGGGCUAAUUGAGCUCUAUAAAAUAAGAAUAUAUAUAUAUUAAUUUUAUUUUGUAACUUAUCUCAUCGAAUUCAAAUUCUCUUUUAAUUAUAUUUAAUCAACGCUUCAUGUUGCUAUUUUUUUUUAAUCCUAACAACUCCUCAGUUUGGUCACAAAUGUGACAACAAACCACGAAAACAACACAAAAUAAGAAAUAAAAAUUUUUGUUAUAAAUAUUUGGGAAAAAAUAUGACUGAAGAUGAUAACUUGGUUAUCGAAACACGCGUCAGGCAGUGUAAUUGUGAGUGUUGAUAUAGUGUAAAUAGUGUGUUCAGGAUGAAUAUCACUAACGGUUCUAUAAAUUCCAACUCACUCCAAAUGUCUGUGGUAAAUGAAGUGUUGUCAUAUUGUUUCAGCAAAUUAGGAAUUUUUUUGUUAAUUUUGCAUAAAAUCUAGAAUCAAGUGAACACAUGAUUCUAGGAGAGGUUAUCAAACACUUCUCGAUAAUGUUGAAGUCUCUCUAUUGAAUUUCUACUGUGUGUCAAAACGAAUAUAAAUUGUUUUCAUCACCUUGUCCUAAUAUCAGUUAUUUAUUGAUAACAACAGAAAUUCUCUUACUAUACACUUGAUAACUAGGUUAAUAAUUCGUUUUAAUGAAAUAAAAAUAUAUAAUUUUCCAUUACACUACAAACCAAAUUCAAAUUGAUUUUUUUGCAAGUUGUAAUAUAUUUUUGACUUAGAGGCAACCGCCGUAAAAGUGUUGGCACUUGAUCCUGUAAUUUUAGACUAAAAUUUUAUUGGUUUUAUUAUUGACAAAAUCUUCUAUGUAUCCUUCAGUUAUAGUAGAACAUUCCCAAUUUCGAUAUUGCUUUAAAACACAUAUAUCUGAUAUCGCCUUCUGCAUUAGCAAGAAGAGUAGCUGAAGUUCUUCAAAACCAACAACCAAAGAAGAUAUCAUAGUUUGGUAAUUUUAGAAAUUAAGGUAUCAAAAUAGGCAUCUUACCAAUAAAAAUUUAUUUGAUAGAAAAUAAUUCCUGAAUCACCAGCAUUCCGAACACUGGAUAUACAAAUGAAGCUCGGUUUAUACAGAAUUAACAUGAAAUUAAUAAACUAAAUUACUAGUCCAAAGACUGAAACGUUUCUUGUAGUCUAUGCAGAAAAUCAACAAUAAAUUUAAAUUGAAAUUAAACUAAGAGUUCGCCUACUUUUAACUUCUUAGUUUAAUUCCUUAAUUUUGUGAGGUUAUGAGCACAAAAUACUUUAGGUCAGUCUGUAUUGGUGAUAUUGUUUUGUUUACAACAUCCUUGUUCUUUGGUUGUGUAAAUAUUAUUCGCGUUAUUACACCGAUUUCCUCCUUGAUGUUACAUUUUAAAAA